ACUCCACCUUUCCUCUCAAAAUUCCCAUCACAUUCACCCCACCACCCAAUAAUAACAUUUUGAUCACUACUAUUUAUUUUCCAUGAACAUGAUGAAGAAUGAGGGCAAGCCCAUGAAGGGGAAGAUGAUGAAGAGAGACUGCGCCCCCGCCUCGGACGACGAUGACGUGGCGCCAGACGACGACAAGAGGAAGAGGGUCGCCGGCGCCAAGACAUCCAUGAAGAGCUGCCAGGCUGAGAAGUGCUCCGCUGAUCUCGCCGCCGCCAAGGCUUACCACCGCCGCCAUAAGGUCUGCGAGCACCACGCCAAGGCGCAGGUCGCCGUCGUCGCCGGAAUCCGCCAGCGCUUCUGCCAGCAAUGCAGCAGGUUCCAUGAGCUCUCGGAAUUCGACGACGCAAAGAGGAGCUGUCGGAGGCGGUUAGCCGGCCACAACGAGAGGCGGAGGAAGAAUCCGGGAGACGGAGAAGGGUCGACGAGCGGCCGCAUCAAGGGCGGCGGCGGCGUACAAUUGUUAUCAAUAUUAAAAAGCAAAUGA